AUGAAUAUUCAUGUAGAUGAUGCAGGUGAUGCGGAUGCGCGUAAUUUCUUGGAUUUAUUGGAAUCACUGGGGUUACAGCAGCAUGUCAGAGGACCAACACAUAUUCAUGGACAUACUUUGGAUCUUGUUGUUACACGCCUAGCUGAGAAUAUUAUAUUAGACACGCCUAAGGCUGACCGCUAUCUGUCUGAUCAUGCCGCUAUUCUAUGCAAGCUAACGUCAUCUAAGCCACUUAAUACUGUCAAGGAGGUGAAGUACCGUAAGACCAAGUCUGUUGAUAUCUCCGCCCUUUCGUGUGAGUUGGGAUAG